UUAUAUUUUGUGUUACCUAUUGAUUUUUGAACAUUAAAAUGUACAAUAGUGAAAUUAUGAAACCACAAUAUACUGAAUGAAUUAAUCGAUUCAAUUACAGGUCAAAUCUGAACACAAUGACCAAAUUUUAUGUUAUUCUAUUAGAUUAUAUAGAAUGCAUAGUAAUUGGUUCAAAGUCAUUGAGAUGUAUAAACUUUUGGCUUCAUUCAAUUUACUAUUUAUAUGAGUCACCUACUUUAGUGUAUGUAAUUAAUGUUCAAUCUGUUUCUAUGCACUAAUAUACAUUAUUCCAAGUAUAUAUACAUACAUACGUGGAACUAUGUACAGAAAUGAUUUUUGGAUGAACUGACAGACAAUAAAAUUUAUCAAAAAAAAUAAUAAAAAUUAAAAAACAAAACAAAACUAAAAAUAAUAGGACUUAUUUCAAUAUCGGUGAAUUUAACAUCACUUCCUUAUGCUUAUUUACUUUAAUCCACUGAAAGGUGAAGGAAUUUCUACUUAAUUAAUUACUACGUUUGUUUUUAAAAAAAAUAUAUAAAUUCUAUGACAUAUAUGUUACAUAUAUUCUAUUGAACUUCUUGAAGUAUAAUCAUUGGUUACAUUAUUGAUAUUUAGUCAAAUCAACUCUAGAUUUACUUGUAUUAGCAACAAUAUUAUACUCAGUGAUUACAUUUAUACAUAUAUAAAUACUGUAAUAUCAAUUCUAUACAUCUUUUUGUUACCUUUGGAUUCUGUGCCUAUCAAAGAAAGUCAAUAUACAUUAUCAUGUCACGUAAAUCAAUUCAAAAGAAUGCAUUAAGUAAUUCGGUACCAUCAUUCAAAGAAACCAAUUAUGAUAUUCAUGAAUUAAUUUAUUUUAAAUGUCCUGGAAAAUUAUUUAUACAACGUACAUUAAAACCAAAUGAAGAAUUUAAUAAAGAAUAUAUGAAGAAAUUAAUUAAUAAAAAACGAACUAUUCAAUCUCAAGAACGUAUGAUUUAUUUAACAGAAAAUGGUUUAAGAAUAAAAGCUUAUAAAAAACCAACAAAUUCAUAUAAACGUUUAUAUUUAAGUUAUGAACAAAUUGAAAUAAUUUAUAUAUCAGAAGGUGCUAAAAAUAUUCUUGUAUUAGGUAUUAUUAGUAAAAAUCAACAAAUACGUGCUUAUGAAUGUACAAAAAUUAAAGAUGAUGAUGAUUUUAAAACUUUGUGUAGAUUACUUGUUCAAGCAUGUGAAAAUAGUGAAAGAAAAUUAAUUGAUUUAAAUCCAAUUGGUACAUUAUCUAUGUCAUCAUUAUAUGAUAAUAAAAGAUUUAGUCAUGGAUCACUUGGUUCAAUUGUAUGGACACAAUCUAAUGAAAUUGAUAAUGAAUUACAAAGUCAAUUAGAAAAUCGUUUAUAUCAAAAUGAAUUAAUAGAAAAUGAAAAUGAUGUACGUAAAAUGGUGUCACAAUAUUCACAAAAUGAUUCAGUAACUAGUAUUAUAUCAUCAAUUUUAAAAAAUGAAAAUAUGAAUAGUAAAAUUGAAUCAAGUGAUACAGAAGGUAGUGAUCCAGUGAAACACUAUAAUGGAAUAAACGGUGAUUUUAAUGACGUAACCUAUGAAGAUGAUUAUGAUGAUGAUGAUGAUAAUAAUAAUAAUGAUAAUAUUAAUAAUAAUAAUCGUUAUGCUUCAGCGAUUUACAAAGCGGACGCUUAUGUUGAACCUAUACUUACGCCAAUAUUUCAUGCAGACGAUGAAUCAGCAAAGUUAUAUUAUAGAACAGGUUAUGAGGGUGAUUCAUAUGAGGAAAAUUAUGAAGUGACAGAUUUGUAUCCACCAUCUAAAUGGCCAGCUGGAGUUACAUUUAUUUGUCCAGACUCUAAAUCUGGUGCAACUAUCGCACAUCUUGGACCUGUUUAUUUAUAUUCUGAAAGAUUUGUCGAUGUUGACAAUGACUGUAUUGAGAAUCAGACAACAGCCUAACAUUAUAAUUUGAUGAAAAAUUAAAUGAUUCGUUACUUAACUGUGUUUUUUUUUUAAAAUAUAGCUUGUAAAUUUGGACAGUAUUCGGAUUUUAUAAUUAAUUUACUUAGAAGUUUCAAGUUACUCGUUUAUUAAAAUUAAUAUCAUGGAUUAAAUCUUAUGAAAUAUUACUGCAUUUUGUGAACUUGGUAAGCCAUAAUCUAACCUUCUGGGCCUACGUCAACUAUCGUACUUAUAAGUUAUUCGGCAGAGAUUUUAGCUUUAAGCAACCUUGUCUCAUUAGAAAUGGCGUUUUGAGAAGUGAAAUAAAAUGCUAAUUUUUUAUCUUUAUAAAUAUGCCGUAUCUCUAAAAGAAUAAUUACCUAAAUUGUAUUCAGUUUAUGAUGAGCAACAUCUCUAUUCGGAGACAAAACACUUCGUAAAACAUCGAGGCAAACAUUACCAACGAACGUCAGAUUUUGUCAUUAUCCUAUAAUGAUAAAAACAAAGCGAAUGAAAAUAUUAUCAAAACAUAUAGUUGACCUAGUAUUAUCGAGUUUGUUUGUAUCAGAAUGUGUUUUAUUAAUGUUUUCGUUACACUUUUCGUAUUAUUGUAAGAAAAUUGAACUAUGUAUCAGUAAUGUUGUUUACACUAAUGCAAAAAUCACAUUGUAAUACCAAGACAUCAUAAUGUGAAUUAUUCUCAGAUAACGUUUUGUCCAUUAUUUAAUUAAUAAGAUGAGAUUACAUUCUUAUAGAUUAUCUUAAUUUGUUCGACAUAGAUCAUGUAUUAAUGGAUUAUACAGAUAGUAAACAUUCCUUUCACUUUUAUACCAAUAACAUGGAUUACAUGAUUCGACCUAUUAUAAUGAAAUAAUCCCAAACAUAUUGAUAUUCUAUAAUUUAAAUGACAGUCAACUUUUUACUGAUGAGAU